AUCGCCCGUCCGUCCAGACGUCGGGGCAUCGCACGCGGUAACAGUGCACUUUGCGUCUGCACGAACAGACCACACUAUCCUGCAGCUCGAAGUUCUUGCUAGUGUGGUGUCGCCAUGAACAUCCGUGUGCGAGUUCUGGAUGUCACCCAUGUCCAGCCGGACCAAACAGCCAAUCAGCCGGCCGGAGACGACGCCAUGAUCAAGCUAUCGCCCUUCGACACCUUCUUUCUCGCGCUCCGGCCGAUCCAACGGCUCUUCUUCUACGACGACGGCGACGGCGACGGCACGAGCCUCCCGCCGUUCCCAUCACUCGCCAGCUCGCUGCGGGCGUCCCUUGGCGCCACGCUCGCCGUCUUCACCCCACUCGCGGGAAAGCUCACGGCCUACUCCGACGACCACGACGUCGCCAUCGACUGCUCCCCAGGCGCCGCCCACCCGGGCGUCAGGUUUGUCGAGGCGGAGUACUCCGGAGACGCCGCCGACAUGCGCCGGUUGGUCCGGGACGUGGAGCACGACACCGAGGCGUUCUUGCAGCUCGUGCCGGAGCUCGAGGUGGGCAGGCUGCCUGCCCCCGUGCUGGCCGUGCAGGUCACGCGGCCGGCGGCCGGCGGCGGCGCCGUAGCGGUCGGGGUUACCAUGCACCACGCGGCGGGAGACGGGCAGUCGCUGUGGCAGUUCAUGCGGGCCUGGUCCACCGCGUCGCGGGAGGGCUCGCUGGCCGGCGCCGCUGCGCCGACGUUUGACCGGGCGGGGCUCCUGCGGCACCCGAAAGCAAGGGACGCGGCGCGAAAUUUGGUCCGAUUCUCCGCGCCGGAGUUGCCCAAGGUGAACAUGUUCCCGGAGCCGGACUGGACGAGGCAGAGCCGACGAACCUACCUCGUCACCGCUGGGCAGAUCCAGUCGCUGAAGCGGCGCAUCGUGCAGAGCCAAGCCGCCGCCAAGAACGGCGACGGAGAGCCGGAGCUGCCGACAACCUACGUUGCCAUCGCGUCGCUGCUGUGGACAUCCAUCGCCCGCGCCAAGUCCUUGGACAACGCCGCCGAUGAGGAGGAGUACUUCCUGUUCCCCGCGGACUGCCGCCGCCGCCUGCAACCGCCCCUGGAGCCCGGCUUCUUCGGGAACUGCAUCAAGGUCCGGUACGCGCGUGCCACGACCGGCGACCUCGUCUGCCGCGACGGUGGCAACGACGACGACGGGCUCGCGCGCGCUGCGGCGGCGUUUUGGCGGGCGAUCCGGGAGCACGUGGAGGAGGAGGACCCGCUGGGCGACGCCGACCGGUGGGUGGAGGUCAUCCGAGGCGUCCCGCGGGAGAGGAUCGCGAAGCAGGGGUCGUCCCACCGGUUCAUGGCGUACGAGGUGGACUUCGGGUGGGGGCAGCCGAGCAGGGUGGAGCUUGUGUCCGUGUCCAGCGCCGAGAUGACGACGCUCCUCGGGGCGCCGGGCGGCGCGGUGCAGGUCUCCGUCGCGCUUCACCCGGACCACGUGGACGGGUUCGAGGCCAGCUUCCUGGCGCAGGUCUCAGCAUGAGCAGCAGAGAUGGUGUACCCUGUAGGCAGCGUGGCGUGUUCUCCAUAUCGAUGUCGUGCAUGUACUCGUGAUCGAUGUCGUGUACUCCAUGCCGUGCUGAUUGGAUAUACUCAAUUAAUAAAGCUUAUAUUUUAAACAAAAUGUCAAACCAAGUAAAGUUUGACUGAAAUUUUAUAAAAA